AUGGCUUGGCUUCACGAAAUUUCUAAAUUCUUAGAUAUUGUCAUGCAAGAAUUUGUCAAAGACUUAAUGAAGAACUUGUUAGAAUUCCUUUUACUAUUGGUCCUGAUUCCCAGCCCCAUGGAAGGCGUUACUAAGAGGAAUAACCAGCAAGUGCCUGUCAAGAAUGAAGUAGACAACUGUGAAAGUUUGAAGAAGGCUGACACAAAGUCUUCCUCAGAAAAGAAGAUUCACAAAGCAUCGAAAGAAGACAUUUGUUUUGAGAAACAGAAUGUACCUUCAGUCGAGCAAGAAGAUCCUUAUAGGAAGAAGAAGCUUCAGGAGAAAAAAGAAGGAAAUUUACAAAAUUUAAGUUGGAAUAAAACUCGAACGUGUAGAAAAAACAAGAAACGGGGUGCUGCUCAGGUCUUGAGGCCUUCUGAGCAGAGUGAAUUAAAACUUGUGUGUAGUGAAUUUGAAAGGUCUGAGCUGAGCGGUGACAUCCAUGUCAGAAACUGGUGUAUACAGGAAAAUCCUGGGGAAGUCUGUAAGCCCGAUGCUGGCAUUGGAAACAGCUUACCGGCUUCACAGGGAGAGGCAGAGAGCUACUACCCAAAGCCUGGGAAGAAGUGUGUGGAAAAGCCUUGCUCUGACUCCAGCUCGGACUGCGGCAGCUCCUCAGGCAGUGUGCGGGCCAGCCGGGGCAGCUGGGGCAGCUGGAGCAGCAGCAGCUCUGAUGGGGACAAGAAGCCUGCGGUGGGCCCUCCGCACUUCCUGCCAGCUGGAGACAGUGUUCCGCAAAACGACUUUUCUUCAGAAACUCCCAUCUCCUUGAAUCUUUCUCCUAACAUCUGUAAUCCCACAAACAUGAAUGAUCUGCCACAGUAUGCAGAACCUCCCUGUCCCAGCCUUCCUGCCGGGCCUACAGGUGUUGAAGAAGAUAAAGGUCUUUACCCAGCUGGAGACCUGUGGCCCACGCAGCCUGUGUGUGUGACAAGCAGCUUCAACUGUGCUGUGGAGAACAGCGUGCCUGGCGUGAUGCAGGGCCCGGCUCCCAUGCAUAAUAGCAGUUUCAUUGACUGGAGCGCAGCCUGUGAAGGCCAAUUCCCCAGCGUGUACUGUCCGUUGGAACUGAAUGAUUAUAAUGCCUUUCCGGAAGAAAACAUGAAUUACCCCAAUGGCUUCCCUUGUCCUGCCGAAAUUCAGACAGACUUUAUGGAUCACAGCUCUCCAUCUACCUGGAGCCCCCCGCCCAACAUGCCGACUGCCUGGGGACACGCAGGUCUCCUCAAUUCUCCGCCCUACCUCACAAGCACCCGAAGCUUGUCUCCAAUGUCUGGACUUUUUGGUUCCAUCUGGGCCCCACAAAGUGACGUAUAUGAAAGUUGCUGCCCCAUCAGUCCCACCACGGAACAUUCGACUCACAUGGAAAAUCAAGCUGUCAUGUGCAAGGAAUACUACCCAGGGUUUAAUCCGUUUCGUGCCUAUAUGAACCUGGACAUAUGGACUACCACGGCAAACAGGAAUGCAAGCUUCCCACUGUCUAGAGACUCAAGCUACUGUGGGAAUGUGUGAAAAGAAUUUGAUUUUUAAACAAUGUGAAUAAAGAGGCUUGUGUUUUGAUUACUAGCGUAAACUGGUUGUUGAGAUAGAUUAUGACAUUGGUGGAUAUUUUGGCACUUUUAUAUGAAAAUAAAUUUUUUUA